AUGCAGGCCAUGCACAUGCUCGGAAACUCUACUAGAGGUCUCUCACCUAAACAGUGCCGCCUCUUAUAUCGGUCGUGCGUGGUUCCUAUUGCCACGUACGGCUAUCGUCUCUGGUAUUUUGAUGGCGCCCGCAAUAAGGGCACGAUGAACCAGUUGAAACGGAUGCAGCGAAAAGCUGCUCUAUGGAUUACGGGUGCUUUCCGCACCUCCCCCACCGGCGGUCUUGAGGCUCUAGCGGGUCUCAUCCCUGUCCAUCUUAUGCCGAAGAAGCUGGCAACGCACGCAGUGUAUCGCGUAGCCACCCUCUUGGACACCCACCCUCUUCGCUCUAUGAUGGGCGAGGGACUCCUCAAGCGAGCCGCACCACAUGCUCGCUCUGCCGCCUUGAUGACCCCAGCCAUGCGAGGGAAAGUCAAGAGCACUGUCAUGGAAGUGGACGAGCGUGUCCACACCUUAACUGAGAGCUUCGAGCCCUUUACGCCUGAAGCUCGUCCAGGCGAUCGGUUACUGGACCGCUAUGCGGACCGUCUCCAUUUUGAUGAGCGUGAUCCUGGCCAGGAUAGGCGCCCAUAUCUAGACGAGCUCAUCGCGAGAGCAAGGGUCGACCCAUUAACAGUGCUGGCUGCAACUGAUGGCUCUGUCCCUCAGUCCAACCAGUAUCAGGCAGCUUCAGCUGCUAUAAUCUACAAGGGACAUCGUGAGCUCGAAAGGACUUGUUAUGUCUCUGGCAGAGUUACCGCCCCAGAUGCGGAACUCAAUGCCAUCUCGUGUGCAGUGCACCUUGCUGUUAAGCAGGCAAACUGCCAACAUAUUAUGGUUUUUACUGACUCUAUGGGCUCGGCCCAUAGAGCGGUAGACCCCUCUGUGCACUCUGGUCAGGCUUUUAGCCUGUCAGUAUGUCGCGCUCUUCAAGAGUGGUUUGAGGCGGAUGAUCUCUGUUGCAUUACCUUCAUCUACGUCCCUGCUGCUCUGCGGUGGGACAUCCACGGUGAGGCACACAAGUACGUCACCGAACUCAAAGUCAGGGUUGGACGUCGUAAGACGGAUAACUCUAUAGACGUGCUACGCUCUCGAGCGGCGCACUCAGUCCUGGAUUUGUGGAGCUCCACUUUCCAGGAUCCAACUUAUCGAGGCUCUGAAUUCUUAGAGCUUCAACAGCCGGACGGGCGGCUGCUACAGCCAUCUUACCUCAAUGGGGGACCUUGGCUUUCAACCUUCGGACACAGUAUCACUGAGUUUGCCCGCGUUUGCCGGUGUAUAACUGGCCACGCGCCCAUUGGAGCGUAUUACCAUCGCUUCAAGAUCAAUGAGCCUCAUGGCUGCACUUGCGGGGCUGCUUUGCAGUCCUGCCAGCAUAUUCUCUUUCGCUGUCGCGAUCGCUACUCCGUGCAUUACCCCCACUUUCUUGGGGAUAUUGCAUCUUUUAUGAAGUACAACCCCACGGCAUUUGGCUUCAACCGAGACCCCUCGGGUGUCGGAUAA